AUUAACUUUUGAUAAAAAGCGAAAAGUUCUGAGAAGUUUUAGGGGUCGCGGUAGAAAUAGGGUCAGGGUGAAGGACAGGUAGAUAAAGAGUUGCUGGUUCCUGCCACAUCUCAAUUCAGUCGAAGGAAGUUACUGGUGGAUCCCCAACUGAUCGCAGCGAAGGAGAUACGAGAGAGAGAGCCCGGUACCGGCUCUGAAACUUCACGGAGGAAACCUCAGCACGGGAGCACGUUGCUUUCGGGCUGAGCAACACAGCAUAAGGCAAGGCAAAAAUCUGGCAAGAAGACAUUGAGGAAUUAUCCCCAUUCCAGAGACAUUGGACACCGGUGGAUAGUUAGAGUGGAAUUACUGGUUAAAACGUAUCUUAGACAACUGAGGGAAAAAUUGGAUAUCAUCAAUUGGGCAGGUGUUUUGGAAGGGUUUCCUGACUCCAGAGCAAACACUCAAGUUCAGGAGGUUCCCAUCUACUUCAGGGACCAGGUUUCAUCACUCGAUUCCACCGUUUCCAAUGAGAAACCCCCUCAUUCAGUAAGGCCAGAAGGUUUACUGUUUAGACACUAUGGGGAUGUUGAGGAACAUCUGGAGAGCCCGGAAGCUGUUGCUGGUCGUCUUGAUCCCUCUUCUGACAUUACCCCUGCCUGUCCUCUACCCUGACAGUCCGGAAGCUCAAUGUGCAUACGUUCUUAUAGUCACUGCCGUGUACUGGGUGUCUGAGGCAGUUCCACUUGGUGCAGCAGCAAUGGUUCCUGCUUUCCUCUUUCCAUUGUUUGGGGUGUUAAAGGCCAGUGAAGUCGCUUCAGAGUACUUUAAGGACACCACAUUACUCUUGAUUGGUGUCAUCUGCCUGGCUGCUUCCAUUGAGAAGUGGAACUUGCACAAGAGGAUUGCUCUUCGCAUGGUGAUGUUAGCAGGAGCCAAACCUGGAAUGCUUGUUCUUGGCUUCAUGUGCUGUACCGUGUUCUUGUCCAUGUGGCUCAGUAACACCUCCACCACUGCCAUGGUGAUGCCAAUCGCAGAAGCUGUCCUGCAACAGCUCAUCAACACCAGCCUGGAAUCCGAUGUCGAGUUAGCUGUAAUCACGGACACUGACAGUGUGGAAGAUACAUACUCUGGCUCAGGCUCCCAAAAAUACGAAGAGGAGAAUGAGAAGAAGCAACUGGAGCUCAUCUACCUUAAAGAAAAUGGAAUGAAGAAAAACCAAUCUGACAAGGAGAUGCUGACUAAGUCAGAGAGGCAGGGCCAAAGUCAGCCCAGAAAGGAAUACAGCAGUAAAUACAAGACCAAGCGUGAUCACAUGAUCUGCAAGUGCCUGUCUCUAAGCAUCACCUAUGCUGCUACCAUUGGAGGCCUCAUGACAAUUACCGGAACCUCAACUAACCUCAUCUUCGCUGAACAGUUCAAUACUCGCUACCCAGAAUCAAGAUCUAUCAACUUUGGCACAUGGUUCGUUUUCAGUUUUCCCAUUGCCAUCAUCAUGCUGGUGUUGACCUGGAUCUGGAUGCACUGGCUCUUCCUGGGAUGCAACUUUAAGGAAACUUGUUCUCUUAGCAAAAAGAGGAAGACAAAACGUGAGGAGAUGUCUGAAAGGAGAAUUCAAGAGGAAUAUGAGAAAUUAGGGCCAUUCAGCUACCCUGAGAUGGUGACGGGGAUUUUCUUUGUAUUGAUGACAUUAUUGUGGUUCACUCGGGAACCAGGAUUUGUUCCAGGAUGGACGUCACUCUUUGAGAGAAAAGGCUAUAGGACAGAUGCCACUGUCUCCAUUUUCCUGGGCUUUCUUCUCUUCUUGAUUCCUGCUAAGAAACCAUCUUUCUCCUGUUUUGGUGAGGAGGACAAUGAUGAGGAAAGUGCAAAGGACUUAAAGAAUCUGAAUAAAUCAAAGGAACCCAAUCCCCUGGCACCACUGAUAAACUGGAAAGACUUUCAGAAGCACAUGCCCUGGGAGAUUGUCAUCCUGGUUGGAGGAGGAUACGCCUUAGCUGCGGGCUGCAAGGUAUCUGGCCUAUCAGAUUGGAUUGGACGUCAAAUGGAACCAAUGAGUAAUCUCCCACCAUGGGCUGUUGCAUUAAUUGCAUGCCUUUUGGUGUCUGUUGUCACUGAAUUUGCGAGUAAUCCAGCUACCAUCACAGUUUUCCUGCCUAUUCUCUCCACUUUGUCUGAGACACUGCAGAUAAAUCCGCUGUACACAUUGAUACCAGCAACAAUGUGUGUGUCAUUUGCUGUGAUGCUGCCUGUUGGUAAUCCACCAAAUGCCAUUGUCUUCAGCUAUGGGCACUGCCAAAUUCAGGACAUGGUGAAGGCUGGCUUCGGAGUGAACGUGAUUGGGGUGGUCGCUGUGAUGCUGGCCAUCACCACCUGGGGAUCUCCUCUCUUCCAGCUGGAACAAUUCCCUAAAUGGAUCCCAGGUAGCAACACAACAGGAGGCUUUUAAUCAUGAGAGGUGGAGCAAGAGGUGCAAGGAGAGUGCAAAUCAGACGUGAAGCAGCCUGGGAAACAUUUGAUUAAUGACGGCCAACUAAAGAAGGGAUCAAAUCCAGCAAGAAUCAUUACCCAAAAAACACAUGAUUCAGGAGUGCAGGGUGGAACCCAUUCUGACUUGGCAGCUUUCAAAUCAGGAGCAUUCAUUUUAUCAUUUUGAGGACUUUUGCAGGUUUUUUUUAUUCUGUCUUUGGGAAAUAUUCUUUCGGGCAUGGAAUUUCAAAGUUUAUCUUUAAAAAAUUUUUUUUCCUAAUUCCUCCGAAGGCGGUGGUUCCUACAAAAACUCACUCACAUAGCCUUUAGCAUUUCCUGCCAAUGAGCAGAUUGAUCAUCAUGUAAGAAAAAAGACAAACGAGCAGGCAAUUUGGCCUUUCAAGCCAGACCAGAUCACACUCUUCCAACAGGGAUCACUUAAUGACAAUCAGGAGCAGGAACCUUGGUGAUUUUUCACUUUCAAACCUCAGCACACAAUGUUUCCACCACUACACCCUCAGAGCUGUCAAUCUGCAACUGCAAAGGCUGGGGAUUGCUGCGUCUGGUUCAGUGCCACACUUGGCUGCCACUGUCAGUGUGUUAUAUUUUAUUGGUGGAUCAAAUGGCUUUGAAUUUCAAUGGAUGAUAGUGCUUACUAUGCCCCGUUUAAGAGCAGAGGCAGUGAUCAGUGAGUACUGUGAAUCCAGAUCCCCGCAGUGAUUUGUAUCAGUGUGUGCAUGUGUCAGCCUAAUGUGCACGCAUGAAACUUUCCAUAGCAUUUCAGAGAAUGCUGGCAAGUACACUGGAUACUCUGUGUUACUGCCUCUAUGUCGAAAAUGGUUUUGCAGCACGUACACUGAACUGCAGUGUGAUCCAAAAUUGGCUUAAUCUGUUCCAAAGUUGGUCAUUGUUUCAGUACUUGGAUGGUGUCUGAGGGCAGAUUCUGUCAGAGCAUAGCUUCUCUCAAAAUCCUUCUGUGUAACAGCAAGGCCAUGCCAUUGUAGAUCCUUUGUAUAUGCAGAUCCAAGAUUGUAGUACUUUUAAAAACAAAAAUCAAUAUUUGUCUUUGUUUUUUUUUAUUCAGACUAAAGAAAAGAAUAAACUUGUAGCACAAUGUGCAGUUGGCAUUUCA